AGAUCGCUGCAUUGGCUGCUUGGGGAACUUCCUCGUUUGAAGUCCUUGACGCUGUAUACACCGUCAUGCUCGGCGUCUCCAUUAGCAUUGCCUUCCUAUGGUCUCUCUUCUUCGAACCAGCGAGCCACCGCUUCGACGUUCGUCUCACCCAGUCAGCCAUGAGAAAUGAGUACUACAAAUCUCGCAAUGCCAUGGCAUACUACGGCCCUGCUGUUGUAAAUGCUGACGGCGAAAUCGAUAUUGCUGCCGCCGCAGAACAGGCUCAAGCUUGUCUGGGUUGCUGCUAA